AUGGGAAACCCCAAGAGACCAUCAAACAAGGACCAUGUUCAAUGCAAGAAGCAUCCCAAACACAAACAAUCUCCUGGCAUAUGCUCUCUUUGCUUGAAUGAAAAGCUCUCAAAAGUCUCUAAAACAAGGUCACGUCGUACGAUAAAGCGCUCUUCUUCUUCUUCGUCUUCGUCUUCUUCUUCAUUAUCGUCCGAAUAUUCUUCUUCUUCUUCGCUUUCUUCUUCGUAUUCGUCUCCAAUGCAUCAUCGUCAUCCGUAUCGUUUUAGUACAGGAGGAGGAGGAGGGAAGAAUAACAGGGGGAAGAAUAAUGUUAACGCACUUGCCAAGAGUAGAUCAUUGGCUUUUGUUCAAAGGAGGAGUGGUGAUGAUUCUUGUAGUGAUUACAAGAAGAAGACAACAAGGAGAGGUGGGUUUUGGUCCAAGUUGUUGCGUCCAACAAGGAAGAAGAUUGAUAAUGGGGGUUUGGUGCAUUCAAGCACACUAUGAGAGAGGAUUAAUAUUGUGGUUUCUUGAAACUCUCUUUUCGAUCCAUUCUUUAUUCUUUUAUGUAGUUUGCGUGCAUAUAAAUCAUAUGCUGUAUGUAUUGAUCUAUUGGGAUUUGGGAUGCCAAAUUAAGGAAAAAACCAGCCUAAUUUCUUCAUUAAUUCUUGUUCUUCGAUGGUGUAGAUCUUGUAUGUCAGAAGAUAAAAUAUUAUUAGAUUGAGAUGAGAUAUUCUCUUAGUCUAGUUUUUUGUUUUUUUU